GAGUUCCAUUUCAUCGAAAAAACGUCCUGCUCUGACGCCGCUGCUGGACGGCCAGUGACGUCACCCUCUAAACACCGAGCGCAGGUAAACAAUAACAGACGCGAGGAGAGCGUGGAGGACCAGACAAAUGCCACAUCUCACUGCACUGACCAGAAGCGGAGUCUGUCGCAGCACAUUCCACAGGAAUGGCAUGUCUUAUGGCAGCCUUUUCAGUCAACAACACUACAGUGACCAACUCCAUCAUAAUGAACACAAAUGGACCUCCUGACCUCAUGCUAGACCCUAGAACCAUGUGCGUGUCCAUUGAUGAACUGAUGUCCAGUCACGUCGCCACUCAGCAGAUGCUGCUGUUUCAUGGACACCUGAAGAAAGUAGAGAACAAUCUGACCGAAGCCCAGCGCUUUUCAUAUCUCCCCCGCAGACCCGCAGUCAAUAUUGAAUUCAAAGAUCUCUCGUACUCAGUUCCUGAAGGACCAUGGUGGAGAAAAAAAGGUUACAAGGCUCUUCUGAAAGGGAUCUCUGGGAACUUCAACAGCGGUGCUUUGGUGGCCAUCAUGGGACCCUCAGGUGCUGGGAAGUCUACCUUAAUGAACAUUCUAGCAGGUUACAGGGAAACAGGCAUGAAGGGGGAGAUCCUGAUAAACGGGCAGCCCAGAGAUCUGCGAUCUUUCAGGAAAGUGUCCUGCUACAUCAUGCAGGAUGACAUGUUACUGCCGCACCUCACCAUACAGGAAGCCAUGAUGGUAUCAGCUAAUCUCAAACUCCAGGAAAAGGAUGAAGGCAGACGUGAAAUGGUUCGGGAAAUCCUGACCGCUCUCGGUUUGUUAGAAUGUGCCAAAACACGCACAUGCAACCUGUCAGGGGGCCAGAGGAAGCGUUUGGCCAUUGCCAUGGAGCUUGUCAACAACCCACCCGUCAUGUUUUUUGAUGAACCCACAAGUGGUCUGGACAGCUCUUCUUGCUUCCAGGUGGUCUCUCUGAUGAAGGCUCUUGCUCAGGGUGGUCGAACAGUCAUAUGCACAAUUCACCAGCCCAGCGCUAAAGUGUUUGAACUCUUUGAUAAGGUGAGCACUGUUUCAUAUUCAUGCUUGAAUAUUUCUAAAUGCGUGCUUUUGUGCCUCUCACACCUCAUUCUUGGUGUUUUUUUCCAGCUGUAUGUCCUCAGUCAAGGCCAGUGUAUUUACAGAGGAAGAGUUUCAAGCUUAAUCCCGUAUCUCAGAGACCUGGGACUCAACUGUCCCACCUAUCACAACCCCGCAGACUUCAUAAUGGAGGUGGCCUCUGGUGAAUACGGUGACCAGACAGCUUGGCUGGUGAAGGCCGUUCAGGAGUGUAAAUUUGAGAAGGACUACAAAAGUGAACUGAACGGUAACGGGGUCCAUAAUACUUUCCUGUGGCACAGACCAACCGACGAGGACUCUUCGUCAUCAGAGGGUUGCCAAAGUUUUUCUGCCAGCUGCCUGACACAGUUUUGCAUCCUUUUCAAAAGGACUUUUCUUAGCAUCAUGAGAGAUUCGGUGCUGACUCACUUGCGCAUCACGUCUCAUCUUGGGAUUGGAAUUCUGAUCGGUCUUUUAUACCUGGGCAUUGGCAACGAUGCCAAGAAAGUCCUUAGCAAUUCCGGGUUUCUGUUCUUUUCAAUGUUGUUCCUCAUGUUCGCCGCUUUGAUGCCCACCGUUCUCACCUUUCCUCUUGAGAUGGGCAUCUUUUUGAGAGAAGAUCUAAAUUACUGGUACAGCCUAAAGGCAUACUACUUGGCCAAAACAAUGGCGGACGUCCCAUUUCAGAUCGUGUUCCCAGUGGCCUACUGCAGUAUAGUGUACUGGAUGACAUCUCAACCUUCAGAUGCAGUUCGUUUCAUACUUUUCCUGGCUUUAGGGACCCUCACGUCACUGGUUGCACAGUCAUUGGGACUGCUAAUAGGAGCGGCAUCCACAUCCUUACAAGUAGCAACUUUUGUUGGUCCUGUGACAGCAAUCCCUGUGCUGCUGUUUUCAGGCUUCUUUGUCAGUUUUGACACUAUUCCUAAAUACCUCCAAUGGAUAUCAUACAUUUCCUAUGUCAGAUAUGGUUUUGAAGGGGUCAUUCUGUCCAUCUAUGGUCUUGACCGUGAGGACCUGCACUGCGACAAAGAUGAGACGUGCCACUUCCAGAAGUCAGAAGCCAUUUUAAAUGAGCUGGGUGUUGAAGAUGCAAAACUCUGCAUGGACUUUAUUGUGUUGGGCAUCUUCUUUGUAUCACUUCGUCUGAUUGCUUACUUCGUCCUGCGAUACAAGAUCAGUGCUGAGAGGUAGACCUGUUGAAGAAGUGCUGGAGAGAAUACUGUCGAGACUUUCCUGCCAAGGAGAGCUAGGCUGAGGAAGCCAAAGCAGAGAGGGUUUGUUCCCUCCAAACGGACCAUCGCCAGUUUUCCCACACUAGACAGAAACCUGGGUUCAACUUGACGACGCAGUAUGAAGAUGCUCAGCUUUUGUGUGCUUCUAUAAGAAAGCAAAGAGCUUAGAACAGAACAGUUUUGAGGCUCAACCAAAUGUCUGUACAAAUAGACAGAGAAACAUGGGUGCACUGAAGAACAUUUGUAGAAGCUGAUGAAAGUCUUUCACAGGAGCAGUUCUGAUUUUGACUGAAAAAGUCAUUCUGUAUUGCGUGAUCAUACUGGAGAACUGGAAUCUGGCCCGAAUGAAAAAGUGUGUUUAAUUGUAUUAAAUGUGCACUAUUACUGCACUUCAAAUCUAAAAAAGUACAUAAAAAUUGUAGGUGCAGAUAAUAUAUUAUUUCAUGAUUGUUUCUUAAUAU